UUACAAACCGCGAAAUGGACAUGGACGCCGGCCAGAUGAACGAGUUCCUCGAGGCCAUGACCCGCUUCAACCCGGCGAUCCCAGACGACGUCGUGGCCCACUACCUCCAUUCGGCUGGCUUCGCGUCCGAGGACCCGCGCAUCGUACGCAUGGUGGCGCUUGUGGCGCAGAAAUUUGUGCUCGACGUCGCACAUGACGCCAAGCUCUACCAGCAACACCGGCUGAACGCGCAAGGCGGCGCGCCCAAUGACCGCGCGACGCUGACCAUGGAAGACCUCUCGGCAAGCCUGCGCGACUACGGCGUCAAUCUGAGCAAGCCCGAAUACUUGUGCGAUAGCGAGACGACGCUGGUAGAGACCGGCGCGGUGGCGCCGAGCGGCCCCGCGACCAAGGCGUCGAAGAAGUAACUC